AUGAGCUUUGUGGGGUUGGACGAGAAUGGGGCCACCUCCAUCCGGGCAGCGAUGAAGCUUCGGAUCCCGCGGAUCAACGAGGUGUCACAUUUCCGGGAGGCCCGGAGGCUUCUGCAGGAGCUCGGAGGCUGCGAGGCGCUCCGCGAGGAGCUCGUGAAUGCAGGCUUCGUGGAUGGUGACUCAGGAGAGCUGACCAGCGGGCAGAGCCCCUUCAACGUCUUCGUCCGUGUUGCAAAAGGGCUGCUGAAGCAAGCAAAUAUGGAACCAGAACAGGAGGCCCUGGGAAGGUUUCAGUCGAAGUUCACUAUUUGCUGCAAUCGGGCUGAGAAUGACUUGCACUGGGAUUCUGACGACCCCCAGUGGGUCAAACGGGCUUCGAUGUCCAGGCGACACAGAUUUCUCACAACAAAGGACUUGCACUGGCAGUGGUUCAACCCUCUCGUGUUCGGAAUGGUGUCCGAAAUUGGUGAAGGCUGUGACGUUCGCCAAGCACUUGAGGAAUUGGAAGAGAUGAAGUCUGCCGCGCUUACCUAUGCUAAGAAUAGCCCGGGCUGGCCCAAAGAUCCGACAGACAUUGGUCUGUAUGUGAACAUCUUCGGCCACAAUAAUGUCAAUUCGCUUUUCAUCCACAUUCUUGACCUGACUGUCACUGGACCAAGCUUUGCUGCGCAGACCUACAAAAAUUGUCCCUUGGAUGCUGUGCUCAAAGUUCUUCAAGAGGAAGCCCAGGACACCAAGAUGCCACGAAUCAUAAGCACCGCGGGUGAACGCAAAGCCCGUUCCAGCCUCUUCGAACUAAGCGGCGGAUUUCGGGGAACUGGUGGCGCUACAAGCUUGAAGGAAGAGCUGGUGGAACGUGUCCCAGUGCUCUGCGAUGCUGGCAGCUUCCGUGAAGUUCGGCGUAUCUUUCGCGAGGACUAUGGGGGCUGCAAGGCUCUAAAGCCUGAGCUCGCAAAUGCCGGCUUUAUCGAUGUCUCUACAGGCUUACUGACUACUGGAACGAAGCCUUUCAACCUCUUUGCGCGCAUAGCCGCCGGGGAAAUGGAGCAGCCAGGCAUGAUGGAGGAGCAAGUUGCGCUGCAAGGCUUCUCGAGUUCCGUCUGUGUCUGCCGCAACAAGCCAGAGAAUGAUGCACACUGGGAUUCAGAUGCAGAAGAGUGGAUUGGCAAGGCUUCCAUGUCGGCGAGACAUCGGUUCCUUACUACAAAAGACUUGAGAUGGACAUAUUUCAAUGCCCUAACUUUGGGUAUGAACGAUGCAGGAGAUGCAGAUGUCGCGAGCUUGAGUGCAGCAAUUCAGCUGGUUGAAGACUUGAAGGCCGCCGCCAUGGCGUAUGUGACAGAUAUGCAGGGAUGGUCUGACAAGGUUGGGCUUUACUUCCACGUCUUUGGCCACAACUCGGUGAACUCACUCCAUUUGCAUGUCGUAGACAUGAGCUCCGUUGGGCCAACCUUUCACAAGCUGAGCUACAAAAACUGCUCUCUCAACGCUGUCCUCAAGGUGCUGCGAGAAGAACUUGCUGCUGCCAAGGCAGCGGAGUCCUCGCAGCAUCCCAAAGACUUGCUGGCAAAGGCGGCGACCAUCGAGGAGCCAGAUGUCAUCCAAGAGCUCAACGUUGGCGGCGCCGUGGUCGCUGUCUCCCUGGCAACUCUUCGCCGAGCUCCACCAAACUCUUUUCUCAGCGUGAUGGUCGAGAACCUGGACAGUCCCACGCUCGUUCGUGACAGCCGGGGCCGCAUCUUCCUGGACUUCCCACCAGCUCCUUUCAAUCAAAUUCUCAACCACCUGCGCAUGCAGCACUUGCAGCCGGACUCCGCUCAAGUCCUACAGAGUGCAGACGAGGACACGCGACUGCUGGGCAAGUCGCUGGGUUUUGCAGUGCAGCAGCCUUCAUCGAACUACUUCUUGCUUGGUGCUGCCGUGGCGGUUGCAGCUCUUUGCCUCGUCCUCUCGAAGAGGACAUGA